CGAGGGGAGGGGCCCGGCCGCGUCCCCUGUCACGGCUCCCCGCCGGCCCUCCUCAGUUUUGCUGUCGCGGCUCUCCGAAACCGGCGGCCGUGGCAGCGCGGCCCCCUCAGCGCCGCGAGUGCGGCGGAACCGUGUCUCGGCGAAGGGUUGCCGCUCCGAGCUCCCAGUCACCGUGAGGGACGGGAGCGGUCCCGCGAAGGGACGCGGGGAAGCAGGUGACGGGGACGAGCGUGGGCGCGUCCCGCUGCAGGCGCCUCCCGGCGCUUCUCUGGCGCUGCCUCAGCUCGCUGCCGGCCCGCUCGGCUGGGAGCUCGCAGCGCGGCCUACGCGGACACCCCCUGCGGCGGCGGGGCCUUGUGCGGCCGGGCACCACGCAGGACCCAGCGGGCUCCAAAGCCCGCAUCGAAUCCCGGCAGUGUGUGAGAGACGCAGCGGGGUUUUCCCCCUCCGUUAAGUUUAGCCCAACUCUGUGUUUAAAAAAAACCCAAACCAACCCAAACCAACCAGAAAAACACACUUGAGAAAUGUAAGCUAAGCACAAAAGAAUAAAUACCUGGGCAAGAUACAGAAUGUUCUAGAAUUAUGACUGCCUGACCAUCCGCUCGGAAGCAGUACGACUUUUUAUCCUUUCACCAGAUUCAUAACAGGAUUCCUGGGUGGACUGGAUGACUGCUGAGGAAAGGGCUUCACAGAGAUGGAUCCCGCCAGUUUUGGGGCACUGGAGAACGUCACGGUUUUGCAGGUGGAUUGUACGUGCCUACUUUUGAGCAAAUCCUUCUACAGAUUUGCACAUUCCACGUACACAGUUGGGUGACCUCUCCUUCAUGAUCUCCGUUUUGCAAGCUCAGCAACCUCGUUAUCCGUCCUGCCCAGAUGGUCCCAGGCUUGUUGGCAUAUCGGGCCCCCUUUAUCAGGCUGUUUCCGUGGGACACGGCUGGCGCAGUUUACAUCGCAUCCAUACGUUCUCUCUCGCCGUUUCCCAGACGAGCCGCCGGCGAGCUGGGGCGCCUGGCGGUGGAGCUGCUGCUGCGGCGGGGCGCGGCGCCGCGGGCCUGCGAGGCAGCCGCCAGGAAACUCAACGUUGGUGUUGACACCGUUCAGCAUGGGGUAGAAGGAUUAACGUAUCUUCUCACUGAAAGCUCCAAGCUCAUGAUUUCUGAGACAGACUUCCAAGAUUCCAUUCAUGUUCUGGGAUUCUCGGAUGAAUUGAACAAAUUACUGCUCCAGCUGUACCUUGAUAACAGGAAAGAGAUCAGAAGCAUUCUUAGUGAGCUGGCACCAAAGCUUCCCAGCUAUCAGAGUCUUGAAUGGAGACUGGAUGUGCAGCUUGCAAGCAGAAGUUUGAGACAACAGAUUAAGCCUGCGGUAACUAUAAAGCUACAUCUUCAUCAGAAUGAAGAUCAAACUGCCCAAGUGUUGCAAACCGACCCUUCUACCCUCCUCCACCUAAUUCAGCAACUGGAACAAGCAUUGGGGGAAAUGAAGACAAACCAUUGCAGGAGAAUAGUGCGCAACAUGAAAUAGUUCUGAUUCGUGGCUGUGGUCUUACUAAGUGGUUUGUGAAAACUGAAAACAACGUUCACAAACACAUUUUGAGGAAAAAUAAACAUCUGGAUCAGAUGAAAUGCUUUCCUGUGCCAGGAUCUUGAGCCAGUAAUUCUAGGCCGAGUGUCCUCUGGUGCUAACUUUGCAUACCUGCCUGAUAUGAGAUAGAAUAUUGGCUUUGCUUUACUUGCAAACGUAGAAAUUCAGCAUGCCAUGCUAAUUUCUUUAGCUCUAAAUUAGUAUAGUUCUACUUGAAGAGCUUUCCUACGUUAAGUAGAGGUGUCUCAAUACUAUAUGAAACUGCACAUUUAUUUUUACAUUUAUCGAGUAGUUUUCUGCCUUGGUUUUGCUUCUGUUUUGAAACUUUUUUAAAAAGCGCUACACUGGAGGGAAUGAUAGUUCACAGGAACGUUUCUUCCAUCUACGUGCCGGUAUGUGUGAGAGUACGUGUGGGGCUACUGCCUCCUUCCUCCAGUCAACGUGAAGGCUGGGUGUUACACCGAUUCUCUACUCCUCUUAGAUGAGGGAAGAACCUGUAACGGAGCUAACACCUCCACUGCAACAAAGCUAGCUGUAAGUCCUACUAGGCAGUCUCAUGAUUUCUGCAGGUAGCAGGUACCAUAGAAAACCAGCGGCCUAAACAUAAGUUAGCAUACUGAUCAUACAUAAAAGUGAUCUGAAAAAUUGCAAAAGUAAAACCAUGGGCUAGGAGGCAGAUUAACAAUAAAGUUAACUUGCGCUAAAUCUGAUCUUCGGGUUGUGAUGCAACAAUUUUUGUUCCCCUAUUUGGAUAGCGUGCUUACAAAGGAAAGACUAGCACUAUUGCAACAUAAAUGAUGCUUUUCCAUUUUUAAGAAAAAAAUUCUAACAAGGGUUAUGUCAAAAGUCACUUUUCAAAUGUAUUCUAAUGCAAUAUUUUGUAGCUUUUGUGACUAAGGUUAAAUAAGGUUACUAAUUAAUGUUUUACCGUCACUAGUGACGGUGCAUCAUAAAGCCCUUAACGAAUAUUGGAGAAGACAAACAGGCAAGAGACCCUUAACAUACAGAUUCCAGCAAGAAUUGUAUAUUUACUGUCUUUCAUAGCAACACCAUAAAUUUCUGUAUUAAUUGGGUUCCUACAGUUACAAAUGUAUUUUCUUACUGUUUUGAAUUUUUGUAGCUUUGAGAGGUAUUAUUUCAAAUGAAACCUGAUAGCACAAGUACUUUAAUCAGUAAUGCUUACUACAGCUUAAAAGUCAGUUUUCUAGAAUAUGGAGUUGCUUAUUUUGUAAUUGCUUUAUAUAGCGUGGCGAUAGCGUGAACAAUCAGUUUCCUCUCCCAUACAUGAAUUGGUAAUAUGUUUCAUUUAACAUCCAUAAAUGGUGAUUUUUUUUUUUUCCUUCGCAUAUAGUAUGUGGUAAUUAAAUGUGAUCAAAUGUUAC